CUCCAACUCGCAUGCCACGCGGUACCAAUCAAACGCCAUCUAGUGUAUUCUGACCGUUGAAGAAUUUUAACAAUAUAUUUAAGCCUUGGGACCCGCUUCUAACCCUCAAUCCUGCAUUAUCCGUGGUACAGAACAAGACUGAAUCACAAUGUCCGGCAACACGACUACGCCAGCACCCAGCAUGGAAUUCAAUAUGGAGGAUAUAGUGGAACGUAUCAAAACCGGAAAAGCUACUCGCAUAGUCGUCUUGGCCGGUGCGGGAAUCUCUACAGCUGCCGGAGUGCCUGAUUUCAGAUCACCGGCUACGGGCCUCUAUGACAAACUGGCCCCCUUGAAACUUCCCUACCCAGAGGCUAUCUUUCACAUCAACUAUUUCCGACACACUCCCGAGCCAUUCUACGCGCUAGCUAGAGCCCGUAAUCCCAAAAAUCUCAAGCCAACAAUUUCCCAUGCGUUCCUGGCGCUACUAGCCAAGAAGGGCCUCCUUGAUUUCAUAUUCACUCAGAAUAUAGAUGGCCUCGAGAUAGAUGCUGGUGUUCCGCCGGAGAAAGUGCUUGCGUGCCAUGGGAACUGGAAAAGCCAGCGAUGCCACAAGUGCAAGACGCCGUACCCGGACGAUCGUAUGGCCAAGGCGAUUGAGACAGGCCAGGUGCCUUAUUGCCUCAUCUCGGAAUGUGGUGGCGCUGUGAAACCCGAUGUCGUCUUUUUUGGGGAGCCCCUACCCGCUGCAUUUACUGUGGAGGAGAAAAGGGCGUCCGAGGCAGAUUUAAUGAUUGUCAUUGGGACAAGCCUCAAGGUCGCACCGUGUUCGAGACUACCGCGCCAAGUGAAGGACGAAACCCCCCGUGUGCUGGUUAAUAUGGAGAAGGUAGGGGAUUUUGGAAGUCGACCGUCGGAUGUGUGCAUCCUUGGGGCGUGUGACGACGGGGUACGGCAGCUGGCCGACGCACUAGGUUGGAGAGAUGAGUUGGAGAGGCUUUGGGAAGAUGCUGUCACUGCGAAGCUCGCAGAGGUGAAUCCCGAGGCUGGGAAGACUCUGGAUCAAUGUAUUGAAGAGUUGGCAAAUAAGAUGGAGGCUUCGGCGAAGAUCUCCGAUGGGCAUAAGAGGAUGUUGGAACAGCAUUUGGAAGAAAAGUUUGGGAAUAUCCUCCCCAAGCCUCCCGUCACUUGACCUAUAUAGGUGAGGUACUAUUGAUCACUGCCUUUCAGUUGAGAUUCCAGUCGUAGUAAUUUGAAAAGAGCGUAAAUUACGGGAGAUAAAGG